UUCUCUUCCAGCUAAAAUAAUCUCAGGAUUUUAAACAAAUCUACACAUCUUUUGGCUUUAGAGUUGUUUCUGCCUUUCUGGGGUUUGAUGUCAUUGUUAAUUUGUUAUGAAGCGGUUUAAUUCCGAGUGCUCAAGUGUGGUUAGAGAUAUGGAUUCUGCUAGGGUUUUUGGUGAUAGUUUUGUGUCUUUUACUGAUAAUGAUGGUUCGAGUAAAACUUUGAAAGCGAUUGAUCAGUCCGAACCUUUCCUUAUGGAGCUUGAUUCGCUUGCUACAGACAGUAGAAGUGAUGAUGGUGAUGGAAAUGAGAAGAAGAAGAAGAAGAAGAAGAACACAGGGAUGGCUUCGAAGGAGGGAACAAGAGUUCGGGACUACAAUUCUUUCUUGUCUGAGUUCGAUGAUUACGUUGCAAGCGAGAGAAUGGGUACUAAAGUUUCUAAGGCGUUGAGCAAUGGCUUUGAAGUGGGAGAUAUGGUAUGGGGAAAGGUAAAGUCACAUCCUUGGUGGCCAGGUCAAAUAUUCAAUGAAGCUUUUGCGUCUCCCUCUGUUCGUCGUAUGAAGGAGAUGGGUUACGUUCUGGUUGCUUUCUUUGGAGAUUCUAGUUAUGGUUGGUUCGAUCCUUCUCACCUUAUUCCUUUUGAACCUCAUGUCUCAGAGAAAUCACAGCAAACUGAUUCGAUUCACUUUGCAAAAGCUGUUGAGGAAGCUAUGGAUGAAGUAGGUAGAAGGUCAGCUCUUGGUUUGACUUGUAGAUGUCGGAACCCUUCUAACUUUAGUCCUACUAGUUUAAAAGGUUACUUUGCUGUUGAUGUGCCUGAUUACGAGCUUCGAGCUGUUUACUCUUCUAAGCAGAUUCAGAAAGCUAGAGAUAGUUUUUCAUCUGUUCAAACUCUAGCUUUUGUGAAGGGAUGUGCAUUAGCACCUCAAGAGUGUGAUGAUUCAGAAGACAGCAUAAAGUCUUUCCAGAAGAGAGUAGCGGUUUAUGCUUUCCGCAGGGCAGUGUUUGAGGAAUUUGAUGAAACUUAUGAGCAGGCCUUCAGGGCAAGAUCUUCAGUGACGACACAUGAACCACUUAAUAGAGCAUCCCCUCGAGCUCCCUUGAGUGGCUCACUGGUCAGUGCAGUAACUCUGAGCAACUCAAAGAUCUCUACACAAGCUAUGAAAGUAAAGGAUUCUACUAAACAAGAAAAAUAUCAUCCCAAAAGAAGAGAGGAAGCUUGUGAUAUGACUGUUGAAUUUGGCCAGGUCCAAGCAUCUUUUCAGUUUCAGAGCAUCGACGGAUCUUCAGCUGUGGAUCAUAUGCUGCAGAGAAGGACUCCACAUCUCCAAACGCCCAGGAAACAUGAGCAUACCGGAAUUGUCAGCGUGAACUUUACCUCUUCAAGUGGUGAUAUUCCUAUAAAGAAAUCCUCUGUUUCAAAGCUCUCACAUGAUGAUGACAAGGGUCUAUCUCAAGAAUCAAAGGUGAGAAUGGGAGAAGAAGCUGCUCUAUUUCCAGACCAUGAGAGAUUUAAAGCAAUGACCAGCCUUAAACAAGAUGAGACUGGCACAAAUUUUAGAUCUAACGAAGGCGAAGGCUCUGUCCAGCCGUUUAUUGAGGGGAAAUGUUCUGCAGGAGUUGGGAUAAAGAAAGACAAUGACCUGAAACGGUUUUCUGAAGAAAUGAAUUCUGAGAAUGUUCCUCCAAAGCCGAAGAAGAAGAAAAUGAAGAAAGAGUCUGGGUCAGAGCUGAACCAUAAGAGUCCAAAUAAGAGGAAAGCUUUGUCUUCUGGGGAAGCUUGGGUAAAGAAAUCAUCUCAAUUAGAUUCAUCAAAGAGACACCCCAAUAUGUUGAUUAUGAGAAACUCUAAACUUGAUAGCCUGCAGCUGUUGAGUAAUUUGCAAGCUCUCUCGCUUGACCCUUUCUUUAGAUCCUCGGAUAGAAGCUCUACUAGAGUUGUAAGACAGUUCUUUUUGCGUUUCCGAUCGUUUGUUUGCCAGAAAAGCUUGGCCGCAUCUCCUUCCACGACAAACCCGUCAAAAUGUGCAAAGACUUUGAGCAGAACCAAUGAAACAUCAAACUCCGGGAGAAAACGUCUCCCCUCUGCCCAGCAACAAGAUGUCCCAUCAACUAAGAAGCUAAAGAAUACCAAUCAGUUCAAACCAAUGGCUUCUGACAAGAAAACCAACCAAGAAGCAACGAAGAGACCAAGUCUUGCACCUUUUAAUCUAGUGAGAGACCGAGGUGGUCCAGUCCCCAUCAAUGCCAAACCGGCUAUAGGUCAACCAGAAAAGAUGGCUCCAUCUGCAAGGGUCUUUGAGCCAACAAUGCUGGUCAUGAUGUUUCCUCCUGGUACAUCUCUCCCUUCCACCGCUCUGCUUAAGGCGAGGUUUGGACGCUUUGGACAGUUGGAUCAAUCAGCUAUCAGAGUUUCCUGGAAAUCCUCGACUUGCCGUGUUGUCUUCCUGUAUAAACUUGAUGCGCAGACUGCCUUAAGAUAUGCAUCAGGAAGCAACUCUAUCUUUGGCAACGUGAAUGUGACAUACUUUCUCCGCGACAUGAAUGCUUCCUCUGCAUCCGGAGAUCAUGAACUGAAGAAAGCCAAGACAGACGAACCAAUGACUGAACCAUUGAACGAGCGGCUAGAGCAAACACCGCCAGUUAGCCAACCAAACAUCCAGCUCAAGUCCUGUUUGAAAAAACCAUGCAAGAACGGUGAUGGUAACCACAGAACAGCACGAGUGAGAUUCAUGUUGGGUGGGAAAGAAACAGAGACACCAUUUUUAGUUUCGGGUAGAAACAAUGGAAAUCACGCUUCUUCUUCUUCAUCAUCAUCAUCUGUUGCUAUGGAAUAUGUUAGUCACAACACGGUUCCGUUAACAUUGCCUCCGAUUCUUCCUCCCUCUUGGCAAAACUCAAAACCGAAGCCUGCUGCUAAUAAUGAAGUGGAUCACGUCGAGCCACCACUAAACCCGUCGCAGUAUACGGUGGACAUCUCCCAGCAGAUGAUAAAGCUGUUAACAAGGUGUAACGAUGUUGUGGCUAACGUCACGGGUUUGUUGGGUUACGUCCCUUAUCAUUCCUUAUGAAAUUGUACAUAUAACUAGAUUCUACAGUAUUUUUAUAUUACAGUAGGUAGUAUGGUUACUUGUACUCUCUCUCUCUCU